UGGCAAUCAAAUUCUAUUUGAAUUUCGAAAUUUCGAUAGAGACGAAAAUAACCUUCUAAGUGUUCUAUAAUUACGAAAUUGUCCUUACCCUAGACUUAAACCCCAUAUUUUCUUCCUCCAUCCCUUCUCUGCUAAAUUCUGUCUGAUCUAAAAAAUCAACGAACACAAAACUCAUCAAAGCUCCUCAAAACCCUAAACACAGUCUCUCCAUCUUCUUCAAUCUCUCUCUCGUUCGGAUUCUCAUCUCUUCUUCUGGUUUCAGAUUGAGUCUUGUUACUGUGUUUCAUAAGACUAUUGAAGUUAAGAUGUCUGGAGCAUUGAAUAUGACUCUUGAUGAGAUUGUUAAGAGGGGUAAAACUGCAAGGUCUGGGGGAAGAGGGAUUUCUCGUGGGCGUGGUCGUGGACGUGGUGGUGGUGGAAGAGGAGCUGGACCUGCUAGAAGAGGUCCUCUUGCUGUGAAUGCUCGUCCAUCAUCUUUCACCAUUAACAAGCCUGUCCGUAGGGUCAGGAGCUUGCCAUGGCAAAGCGGUUUGUUUGAAGAUGGCCUAAGAGCUGCCGGGGCAUCAGGAGUUGAAGUUGGAACCAGGCUCCAUGUUACAAAUCUGGACCAGGGUGUGACAAAUGAAGAUAUAAGGGAACUCUUCUCUGAGAUUGGGGAGGUAGAGCGUUAUGCGAUUCAUUAUGACAAAAAUGGGCGUCCAAGUGGCACAGCUGAAGUGGUGUAUCCAAGAAGAAGUGAUGCAUUUCAAGCUCUGAAGAAAUAUAACAAUGUGCUAUUGGAUGGAAGGCCAAUGAGACUUGAGAUUUUGGGUGGCAACAAUUCUUCCGAGGCUCCUUUAUCUGGUCGUGUGAAUGUGAAUGUCACUGGACUCAAUGGAAGGCUGAAGAGGACGGUUGUUAUCCAAGUUAGAGGUGGGAGAGGAGGAAGAGGUCCAGCUCCUACUGUCAGUCGCCGCCUUCCAAUUCAUAACCAGCAGGGAGGAGGGAUGAGAGGAGGAAGAGGCGGGUUUCGUGCUAGAGGGCGUGGUAAUGGUGGCCGUGGUCGUGGUGGUGGAAGAGGAAAUGGAAAGAAGCCAGUGGAGAAGUCAGCUGCUGAUCUUGACAAAGAUCUUGAGAGCUAUCACGCUGAUGCCAUGAACACCUCUUAAAUCGUGUUGUGUUGUUCUUACUAAACUAGUUUCAGAUGAAAUCAUGCUUCUCUUUUUUUCAUGCUCUUCGUUGGUUUUGUUGGAUGUUGAUUGUAAAGUAAAUGGAAGCCUUUUAGAAUCUAGCUGUCUUAAAUUUUCUUUUAUAUAAAGAGUGAUUUAAAGUUACC